AUGUCCAAUUGCUACACGGCCCACACCCCCCUUUCAGGUUCACCAACGCACAUAGGCUCAAGCGAGCGGGCACGGAUAGACGCGCUUUUGUUCAAUGGGAGCAACGGCAUCAUGCUUGGACUCAAGCCGCAGCCCGCCUGCCCCGGCCGCAAUGAGUUGUUGUAUGCUAUGCUGUGUAUCAACCUGGACGGACGGUUUGUUGAGACUUCUACCUAUAAGCGCCCCCCCCUUUCCGUCAGCCCGACUCCAUGGAACCUGACUCCUUCGCCAUCCAUCAUUUCAAGAUCACCAGCUUGCACCAAGUCCCUACCCAUUCAACUACUCUGUUCGCCGUAUCUUAUCCAGAAAAUCACUGUUGUCUUUUCAUUUUCGUCGUCCCGAUUGCCCCCGGGACACUCCCUUGUCCUAAACACGCAACAAGGAGAACGACACAUAUCCCACCCAACUCCCUUGACUAUGUCCAACAGCGGCACUCACAGCCCCAUCAAUAUCCAGACUGCCUCCACCAUGGCCACGGGCGACAACCCCGACAUCAUUUCCCAACCCACAGAUACGACGGGCGUAAGCAACAACGAUCAGAAGCCUGGUUCUGAAAAUGAUGCUACGGAGUACGAAGAGACUAUUCGCUCCAGCCUCCGUAUGCUCAAGGACCUUGAGGCCCGUAUCGCACGGAUCGCCAGCCGAUAUGACGUCAAGCUUCUUCCGCAAGACAACGAACUGAGCGGCUCAGAGUGGGCACGACGACUGACAUGGGCCGUCGAGGAGAUCGCUGAUGAGUUUACACAUCUCUGCGAAAUCAACUAUUACCGAUUCCUCGAGAUGGAGGACCAGGAGGAGAAGGCUUUGUGGGACGAGCAAUGGGAGGUUGACAGAUGGGAGAUUGAUGAGCUGCAAGGGUUGGUUGAUGCUUUUUACGGUCUGAAGCACGAAUUCCUCCCUCGCCGUCGAGAGUGA